CUUCCAACGACAACAACCAUGGACAUUUCUUCUCCUUAUAACACAAGACAUGUCACUCAUGUCGGGUUCGACGCAACCACAGGCGAAUUUACGGGUUUACCUAAAGAAUGGCAUACGUUAUUAAAGGCAAGUGGUAUCACUCAAACAGAACAAGAACAAAAUCCGCAGGCUGUCAUUAAUGCUAUUGAAUUUUAUCAAGAAUCAAGAGAUGAUGCUGUUUGGCAAAAAAUACCCAAUAAACGGAGUAGCGGUGCAUCUUCUAUUCUCAAAGCUGCAGGAGGAAAUGUUAUUACCAACUCUUUACGUAGAUUGUCGAGACUAAAGCUAUCUGAUUAUACCAAAAGAUCAUCCGUAGUAAAUAUAUAUAUAUAUAUAUAUAAAUAUAAGCUGUGGAAGGAGGAACUGACGUUAUGUUUAGUCUUCAGCUAG